AUGCCUUCCCCCUCUCAUGCCUUCCCCCUCUCAUGCCUUCCCCCUCUCAUGCCUUCCCCCUCUCAUGCCUUCCCCUUCUCAUGCCUUCCCCCUCUCAUGCCUUCCCCCUCUCAUGCCUUCCCCCUCUCAUGCCUUCCCCCUCUCAUGCCUUCCCCCUCUCAUGCCUUCCCCCUCUCAUGCCUUCCCCCUCUCAUGCCUUCCCCCUCUCAUGCCUUCCCCCUCUCAUGCCUUCCCCCUCUCAUGCCUUCCCCCUCUCAUGCCUUCCCCCUCUCAUGCCUUCCCCCUCUCAUGCCUUCCCCCUCUCAUGCCUUCCCUCUCUCAUGCCUUCCCCCUCUCAUGCCUUCCCCCUCUCAUGCCUUCCCCCUCUCAUGCUUUCCUCCUCUCAUGCCUUCCCCCUCUCAUGCCUUCCCCCUCUCAUGCCUUUCCCCCUCUCAUGCCUUCCCCCUCUCAUGCCUUCCCCCUCUCAUGCCUUCCCCCUCUCAUGCCUUCCCCCUCUCAUGCCUUCCCCCUCUCAUGCCUUCCCCCUCUCAUGCCUUCCCCCUCUCAUGCCUUCCCCCUCUCAUGCCUUCCCCCUCUCAUGCCUUCCCCCUCUCAUGCCUUCCCCCUCUCAUGCCUUCCCCCUCUCAUGACUUCCCCCUCUCAUGCCUUCCCCCUCUCAUGCCUUCCCCCUCUCAUGCCUUCCCCCUCUCAUGCCUUCCCCCUCUCAUGCCUUCCCCCUCUCAUGCCUUCCCUUUCUCAUGCCUUCCCCCUCUCAUGCCUUCCCCCUCUCAUGCCUUCCCCCUCUCAUGCCUUCCCCCUCUCAUGCCUUCCCCCUCUGAUGCCUUCCCCCUCUCAUGCCUUCCCCCUCUCAUGCCUUCUUCCUCUCAUGCCUUCCCCCUCUCAUGCCUUCCCCCUCUCAUCCCUUCCCCCUCUCAUGCCUUCCCCCUCUCAUGCCUUCCCCCUCUCAUGCCUUCCCCCUCUCAUGCCUUCCCCCUCUCAUGCCUUCCCCCUCUCAUGCUCCCGCUUUCCAUCACCCCGCCCCAUUCUCCCUCCUUCCAUCACCCCGCCCCAUUCUCCCUCCUUCCAUCACCCCGCCCCAUUCUCUUUCUUUCCAUCACCCCGCCCCAUUCUCCCGCUUUCCAUCACCCCGCCCCAUUCUCCCUGAUUCCAUCACCCCGCCCCAUUCUCCCUCCUUCCAUCACCCCGCCCCAUUCUCCCGCAUUCCAUCACCCCGCCCCAUUCUCCCGCUUUCUAUCACCCCGCCCUUUUCUCCCGCUUUCCAUCACCCUGCCCCAUUGUCCCGCUUUUCAUCACCCCGCACCAUUCUCCCGCUUUCCAUCACCCCGCACCAUUCUCCCGCUUUCCAUCACCCCGCCCCAUUCUCCCACUUUCCAUCACCCCGCCCCAUUCUCCCUCCUUCCAUCACCCCGCCCCAUUCUCCCUCCUUCCAUCACCCCGCCCCAUUCUCCCGCUUUCCAUCACCCCGCCCCAUUCUCCCGCUUUCCAUCACCCCGCCCCAUUCUCUUGCUUUCCAUCACCCCGCCCCAUUCUCCCGCUUUCCAUCACCCCGCCCCAUUCUCCCGCUUUCCAUCACCCCGCCCCAUUCUCCCGCUUUCCUUCACCCCGCCCCGUUCUCCCGCUUUCCAUCACCCCGCCCCAUUCUCCCUCCUUCCAUCACUCCGCCCCAUUCUCCCUCCUUCCAUCACCCUGCCCCAUUCUCCCUCCUUCCAUCACCCCACCCCAUUCUCCCGCUUUCCAUCACCCCGCCCCAUUCUCCCGCUUUCCUUUACCCCGCCCCAUUCUCCCGCUUUCCAUCACCCCGCCCCAUUCUCCCGCUUUCCAUCACCCCGCCCCAUUCUCCCACUUUCCAUCACCCCGCCCCAUUCUCCUGCUUUUCAUCACCCCGCCCCAUUCUCCCUCCUUCCAUCACCCCGCCCCAUUCUCCCGUUUUCCAUCACCCCGCCCCAUUCUCCCUCCUUCCAUCACCCCACCCCAUUCUCCCUCCUUCCAUCACCCCGCCCCAUUCUCUUUCUUUCCAUCACCCCGCCCCAUUCUCCCGCUUUCCAUCACCCCGCCCCAUUCUCCCUGAUUCCAUCACCCCGCCCCAUUCUCCCUCCUUCCAUCACCCCGCCCCAUUCUCCCGCUUUCCAUCACCCCGCCCCAUUCUCCCGCUUUCCAUCACCCCGCCCCAUUCUUCCGUUUUCCAUCACCCCGCCCCAUUCUCCCGCUUUCCAUCACCCCGCCCCAUUCUCCCGCUUUCCAUCACCCCGCCCUUUUCUCCCGCUUUCCAUCACCCUGCCCCAUUCUCCCGCUUUCCAUCACCCCGCCCCAUUCUCCCGCUUUCCAUCACCCGCCCCAUUCUCCCGCUUUCCAUCUGUUAUAGUCACAACGGACAACAAGCCGAGUGCAAACCGUAGGGUUGCACCAACACCAUCACCCCGCCCCAUUCUCCCGCCUUCCAUCACCCCGCCCCAUUCUCCCUCCUUCCAUCACCCCGCCCCAUUCUCCCGCCUUCCAUCACCCCACCCAAUUCUCCCGCUUUCCAUCACCCCGCCCCAUUCUCCCGCUUUCCAUCACCCCGCCCCAUUCUCUCGCUUUCCAUCACCCCGCCCCAUUCUCCCACUUUCCAUCACCCCGCCCCAUUCUCCCUCCUUCCAUCACCCGCCCCAUUCUCCUGCUUUCCAUCACCCCCUCCUUCCAUCACCCCGCCCCAUUCUCCCUCCUUCCAUCACCCCGCCCCAUUCUCUCGCUUUCCAUCACCCCGCCCCAUUCUCCCUCCUUCCAUCACCGCGCCCCAUUCUCCCUCCUUCCAUCACCCCGCCCCAUUCUUCCUCCUUCCAUCACCCCGCCCCAUUCUCCCGCCUUCCAUCAUCCCCCAUCACCCCGCCCCAUUCUCCCUCCUUCCAUCACCCCGCCCCAUUCUCCCUCCUUCCAUCACCCCGCCCUAUUCUUCCGCUUUCCAUCACCCCGCCCCAUUCUCCCGCUUUCCAUAACCCCGCCCCAUUCUCCCGCUUUCCAUCACCCCGCCCCAUUCUCCCGCUUUCCAUCACCCCGCCCCAUUCUCCCGCUUUCCAUCACCCCGCCCCAUUCUCCCGCAUUCCAUCACCACGCCCCAUUCUCCCGCUUUCCAUCACCCCGCCCCAUUCUCCCGCUUUCCAUCACCCCGCCCCAUUCUCCCGCUUUCCAUCACACCGCCCAAUUCUCCCGCUAACCAUCACCCCACCCCGUUCUCCCUCCUUCCAUCAUCCCGCCCCAUCCUCCCUCCUUCCAUCACCCCGCCCCAUUCUCCCGCUUUCCAUCACCCCGCCACAUUCUCCCGCUUUCCAUCACCCCGCCCCAUUCACCCGCUUUCCAUCACCCCGCCCCAUUCUCCCGCUUUCCAUCACCUCGCCUCAUUCUCCCGCUUUCCAUCACCCCGCCCCCUCCCGCUUUCCAUCACCCCGCCCCAUUCUCCCGCUUUCCAUCACCCCGCCCCAUUCUCCCGCUUUCCAUCACCCCGCCCAAUUCUCCCCCUUUCCAUCACCUCGCCCCAGUCUCCCGCUUUCCAUCACCCCGCCCCAUUCUCCCGCUUUCCAUCACCCCGAUCCAUUCUCCCGCUUUCCAUCACCCCGCCCCAUUCUCCCGCUUUCCAUCACCCGCCCCGUUCUCCCGCUUUCCAUCACCCCGCCCCAUUCUCCCUCCUUCCAUCACCCCGCCCCAUUCUCCCGCUUUCCAUCACCCCGCCCCAUUCUCCCGCUUUCCAUCACCCCGCCCCAUUCUCCCGCUUUCCAUCACCCCGCCCCAUUCUCCCGCUUUCCAUCACCCCGCCGCAUUCUCCCGCUUUCCAUCACCCGCCGCAUUCUCCCGCUUUCCAUAACCCCGCCCCAAUCUCCCUCCUUCCAUCACCCUGCCCCACUCUCCCUCCUUCCAUCACCCCGCCCCAUUCUCCCGCUUUCCAUCACCCCGCCCCAUUCUCCCGCUUUCCUUCACCCCGCCCCGUUCUCCCUCCUUCCAUCACCCCGCCACAUUCUCCCGCUUUCCAUCACCCCGCCCCAUUCUCCCGCUUUCCAUCACCCCGCCCCAUUCUCCCGCUUUCCAUCACCCCGCCCCAUUCUCGCUCCUUCCAUCAGCCCGCCCCAUUCUCCCUCCUUCCAUCACCCCGCCCCAUUCUCCCGCUUUCCAUCACCCCGCACCAUUCUCCCGCUUUCCAUCACCCCGCCCCAUUCUCCCUCCUUCCAUCACCCCGCCCCAUUCUCCCGCUUUCCAUCACCCCGCCCCAUUCUCCCGCUUUCCAUCACCCCGCCCCAUUCUCCCGCUUUCCAUCACCCCGCCGCAUUCUCCCGCUUUCCAUCACCCGCCGCAUUCUCCCGCUUUCCAUAA